AUGGUGAAGAAUCAGUUUGUGUUGAUUCAUGGAGCUGGCUAUGGUGCAUGGUGUUGGUACAAAGUCGCAACUCUUCUUAAAUCAGUUGGUCAUGAUGUUACAUCUUUGGACUUGGGUGCUUCUGGUAUCAAUACAAAACAAGUCCAAGAUAUUUCUUCAAUAUUGGAUUACAACGAACCUUUGGUGACAUUCAUGGAGUCUCUUCCUUCAGAUGAAAAAGUGAUUCUUGUUGGUCACAGUUUUGGUGGAAUCAACAUUUCCAUGGCUAUGGAAAGAUUCCCUCACAAAAUCUCUGUUGCAGUUUUUGUUGCUGCUUUUGUUAUAACUCAAGAUCUCACUUACCCCAAUAUUGUUCAAGAGCUUGUGAGAAGAAGAGAGGGAAAAAAGGAUUGGUCAAUGGACACACAACGUUUAUUUUUUAAUGGAAACAAUAACCCUCCAACAGCUUUAUUAUUUGGACCCAAAUAUAUGGAAUCUCAAAUGUUCCAAUUAUCACCACCUGAGGAUUUGGCGCUUUCAUUAUCAUUGUUAAGACCAUUUCCUCUAUUCAACAAUGAAGAAUUGUUUUCGAAAGAAUCGAAAGUUAGCAAGGACAAAAAUGGAAGUGUGGCUAAAGUGUUCAUCAUCACCAAAGAAGACAUAUCGUUGAUAGAUGAUUUACAAAGGUGGAUGAUUGAGAGAAGUGGUCCAUAUGAUGUGGUGAAUGUCAUCAAUCAUUCUGAUCAUAUGGUUAUGUUCUCCAAACCAAAAGAACUUAGCUCUCUCUUGCAACAAAUUGCAGACAAAUAUUAA